AGGAUCCCUACUUUAUGCGGAAUCAUCUCGGUUCCUACGAGUGCAAGCUAUGUCUAACCCUACACAAUAACGAAGGCAGUUACCUUGCUCAUACACAAGGUAAGAAGCAUCAGUAUAACCUUGCUGGUCGUGCUGCGAAGGAAGCUAAAGAUACUGUCGUCGGCCCCUCAAUGAAUCAGGAGAAGGUAACCGUGAAGAAUUUCGUAAAGAUUGGGCGACCGGGUUAUAAAGUAACUAAGCAGAAGGACGCCGCAACCAAUCAGCACUCGUUAUUGUUCCAGAUUGACUAUCCGGAAAUCGCCGAUGAUGUGAAACCGAGACAUAGGCUCAUGUCUGCGUACGAACAGAAUGUGGAGGCACCGGAUAAGAAUUGGCAAUACGUCUUGGUCGCCGCCGAGCCAUACGAAACCAUUGCCUUCAAAAUUCCUUUCAGGGAAAUCGACAAAAGCCCCUCAUUUUUCACCAUGUAUGACGAACACACCAAGCAAUUCUUCUUGCAAUUGCCGUUCAAGUUAUCCGCUCAGCAACAACAACAGAACCAGCAGCAGCAACAAAACCAGGUUCCCGUGAUGAAUAGGCCAGCACAGAAUCCCUUAAAUCCGUACGCUUGAUUGGAGUAUAUAAAUGAAGAUCGAUAUUUACAAUAAUGCCUUUGG